UGAUUAUUUAUUGUGGAAAAUUUGUAUGUGGUAACCUAACGCACGUCCGUACACGUACAUGUACAUUGGGUAGGGCUGUGCUCUGUACCGAGAAGCAUCAAAAAUUCCAACUGAAUUUUCAUUUCUUCAAUUUGCUUGACAUCAAAAUGGGUAAUAUUUACACAGUUGGACCCAAUGAAGCGCUAGUUGUUUCAGGUGGCUGUUGUGGUAAUGCCAGCAAGAAGUACAUCAUUGGAGGCUAUGCAUGGGCGUGGUGGCUGGUGUCAGAUGUACAGAAGAUUACCUUGGAGGUUAUGACACUGAACCCUCGCUGUGAGAAUGUGGAAACCUCCAUGGGCGUGCCCCUGACAGUCACUGGCGUGGCUCAGGUCAAAGUCAUGACUGAGGAGGGGCUGUUGGCCACGGCCUGUGAGCAGUUCUUGGGUCGAUCCACCAAUGAGAUCAAGGAAGUGGUGCUGCAGACACUGGAAGGUCACCUUCGGGCCAUAUUGGGCACACUGACUGUGGAGGCAAUCUACCAGGACCGUGAUCAGUUUGCCCAGCUUGUGAGGGAAGUAGCUUCCCCCGACGUAGGCCGCAUGGGGCUGGAGAUUGAGAGCUUCACCAUCAAGGAUGUCUACGACAAAGUGGAGUACCUGGGAUCGCUGGGCAAAUCCCAAACUGCUGUGGUCAAGAGGGAUGCGGACAUCGGCGUGGCUGAAGCCAACAGGGAUGCUGGAAUCAGGGAGGCAGAAUGUGAGAAGGUCAUGAUGGACACCAAGUUCGAUGCAGACACCAAGAUUGCCGACUCGGCCCGCAUGUUUGAGAUGAGUAAAGCCGGUUUCCAGGCAGAGGUUAACACCAAGAAAGCAGAGGCUGAACUGGCCUACACGUUGGAAGCCGCCAAGGUCAAACAGUUGAUCCGUAGUGAGGAGAUUGAAAUCGAGGUAGUGGAGAGGAAAAAGCUGAUUGACAUUGAAGAGAAAGAGAUUGAACGCAAGGAACGCGAACUGGUGGCCACCGUCAAGCGACCUGCCGAAGCUGAGUCCUACAAGGUGGAGACCAUCGCUCAGGGUGAAAGAACACGAACAGUGCUGGCUGCGAGAGGUGACGCUGAGAAAAUUAAGAAGAUUGGUCACGCAGAAGCCACUUCCAUCGAGGCUAUUGGCAAGGCGGAGGCUGAACGCAUGCGAAUGAAAGCUGCCGCUUACAAGCAGUACGGGGAUGCUGCCAAGAUGAGUCUGGUGCUGGAAUCCCUGCCAAAGAUUGCUGCCGAGGUUGCUGCCCCGCUGGCUAAGACUGAUGAGGUGGUACUCCUUGGCGAUGACCGGACCACAUCGGAGGUCAGCAAGCUGCUUGGCUCACUGCCAGUGGCUGUCCAUGCUCUGACCGGUACUGACCUGUCCAAGGUGAUGCCGAAGAUUCCUGGAAUCCAGUAGUUGGCCCAAUGAACUCACUUCAACCCUACUUUGGAUAAUACCAACCUCCAUCAACUGAGACCAAAAUACAGGGCGAGGUGAGCCUAUACAACAGAAGGAAAACAUCAAGUGCAUUACUUUUACCCGACAUUCUUGAUUGUCCCUUUCCCGUGAAGUCUGUACUGUUGCAAAGCAUAUCAUACUUGAAAACCAUUUGACCAACUUCACUGCCAAGGAGAAUUUUCUUUGAGGUUUGGCGUGCAGACAGGUUGAGACUACUAACUUUCCUUCCUUUAUUGUUUGGUAUUCUUCACCGUCGUACGCUGUGAGUCCUGCAAAUAAGUAACUGGAGAGAGUGGAGGUCUUUUGGUGGUUAGGAGUCCGAUAUUAGACCGAUAUUAUCUUCUUGUGUCUGUUUGCCAGGCUGUCAAAAGUGGUGAAAUGACAAAAUUGGAGAAAUCUCUAAAUUGAAAAAAAGCAUUAGCUAGAUCAGUAUGUUAAAGAAAUGGAUUGAUCGAAAAGAAACUAUUUGAAAUGGAAUCUUGGUGGAAGUCAUGAAGCCACCUAUUCGUCUAUGCCAGUUUUAUUUCUUUCAUCACUUUGUAAGGGCUGCUGGACCCAAUUACUAAUUGGGCCAUCCAUAUCAUGCAGUUGGAAAGAUCUAUUGCCUGGUAGAUAGACACCCCCAUUUUACAUUGUUUUAACCACUGUAUAUAUUAUGUGCUACGGUGACAUUGAUAUAUCAUACUAUAUAUAAACAUACUUAUUAAUUUGCUGCUUGACUUGUCUUAAUACAUUUAGUUUAGACCCAGUUUGUUGAAAUUAAUAUCAAGAUAUUUAAAAAGAUUUUCAUUGGGCAAUAUGAGACACAGGUGCAGUCAAGCUAUGUCUGAUUCACUUGGCUGCAGCUUAAGAUUACACACGACUCUAUGGACUGCUACUUACCAUAGACUCAUUUGUAAGUCCAAGCCUCAGCCAAGUAAUUCAGACAUAGCCGCAGUUCCAUGAUGUGCUGACAUUUUCAACAAAUUGAAUCGAGGUCAGGCCAACCAUCUUUGCAUGUGGCCCCUGCCGGCCCAUAGCACAUGCUUAAAAAAGGUGGACUUUUCCCUGGUUCUCAUCACUUCCAUCGUGUAGAGUUUGCCAUUGGGUUACCUGGGAAUUAAACCCAAAUUAGGAAAUCCUGUAAUGUAAUGGGGUGCACAUCAUCAUGGGUAAUUUGAAGGAGCUGUUUUUUCCUGAAAAUUUCGCUUAACAACAUCAAGUUAGUGUGAUUAUUUCUAUCGUUACUUAUUCUCAACUGCGUCUUGCUCAGCUGAUAAAUUCACUAAGCAGUAAUUAAUUCUUCUUAGCAGUUCCUUGAAAUAAAACGCUGGAUGAACUUCAUCAAAUAGCAUUAUGUUCAAAGUGAGCUUUCUCUUAUAAUACAAUAGAUGUACAUGUAUAUGACGUGAGUAAAGUAAUGAAUCGAUGUUAUUUGUAUAGUGAAUAAGUACUGGUGAUUUGUGAUUAUUUGGGUUUUUUUGCAGAGUUUUUAGAUAUUUUUACUAGACCUCAUCAUCGCACCAAAAAGCUGCUUCACCACAAUCCUGCAGUUGUACCUGCAAAAGUUAAAACAUAUCUCGAUUUGUUUAGAGUUUGCUCUUUCUAAUACAAACUUAAACAAAAUAAUGGCCUUAUGACCCUUUUCCACAGAUUGGCUCGCAUGUGUUCAAAACCAUUUUUCAGGUCAUAUUUUGCUUAUUAAAUGUCUUGAAAAUGAUUUUGAUCGCAUAGAUCUGUACACACUGUGUAAGGUUAAACUGCUGCUUCUACAUCUUGUGCUCGGCCAAAUGGCUUCAACCUGCAUCCUGAGAGUUGGCCAAGGUCUCUGCACUCUGGCCACAUGAAAACAAAUUUAUGUUAUCCGUAGUUAGUUGUCUUUGUCGUCGUUAAAAUGCUGUACAAAUGCAUAAUGUGUUCUAAGCCAUGUAUAAAUGCUAAAUAUGACUUUUUAUAUAAUGUCCACCUCCUUUCACAGAAGUAAUGUUAGCAUGUUAGAAUAAUAAAUUUAGGGCCUGUAAUUGUGAUAUGUACAUGCUUCUGUAAACAUGAAUGCAUGCAUUGGACUUUUGCCCAUGCCCCGUGUACAUGUACGAGUGGUUGUUUGAUCAGGAUGGAUGACUUGGGUUUACAAACUAAUUUCCAAACAAGCAUGCAAUAGUUUGAAGAUUUCCACAUUUAAUUCUGAUAAACACACUCAUUUUAUUUUCGUUUUUUAUAUUCGUUUUUAUUUAACAGGGUAAAUUCUUUCAUCUAAAUAUGUUACAGAUGCUUGGACAUAUUUGUUUCAUUAUUACUUCUUCCAUUGUUUCAUUUAUCUUACACCUGUUAGCUAGCUACUUUCAUUUAUUUUUCAUUUGAGCAUUUAACUGCACACAUGCACAGUAGAAGUGGAGUCCUUUUCCAUGUCCACACAUCAGGGUUUCAUCUAGGAUUGAAAUAGUUGCCUGUCCCUUCUCAGGCAAGCCUAAAAACUGGCCAUCUUCUCCCAGGAACGUUUGGAAAGUGACACCCCUGAGGUCAUAUUUUCACUGCAUCCAAUAUCUUGGAGUGAAGUGUGCAAACUUGUUCAUCAGUAUCACAGAUUUAUGUAGGAAAUGAGUACUGGUAAAUUUGUACAAGCCAAAGCUGUCUAAACAUGUCUUGGCCUUUCCUCGGGACUGUUGACGGGAUGAAGCACUAGGUGGUACAGUCAUAUUUGGGUAGGGUACCGUGGGUGUGUUGACCAUUGGAACGACAAAUGUUUGAAUGCCCAGUAACUAGAGGUAUGCAAGAAAUGAAUAAAAACUCACAAGGCUUUGUUCCACCGGGGGGGGAAUGGUCUCAUCCCUUUCUGCACAUCCUCUAAUGGGUUGGAGCCUAUUGCAUCGGCCUAUUAUUAGCUGAUGCCUCAUGGUGUCACAACUGCCUCACCCCCUCCACUUUCAAAAUGAUUCUGCCGCUAUUGGUUCCAUUCAAGAUGUAUUGAAAAUACUUAUGUACAUAUCCCCCUUUGAAUUUCAGAUUCUUAGCCAUUAUGAAGAGCCCAGUUGCUCAGACCGUAUUGGUUUGUUUCCCACAUUGUAUUCCCCUAGUAGUGCCUCUUAUUCCUGCGAUGUUUGUGUACUUGGAGAACGGCUCUUCACUUCUUCAGGAAUUUAUUUCAGCUGUGCCCUAACAGUAUUAGUUUUGAUAUUAUUUGUGUGCAUGAAUUACAUUGUUUUGUUACUUUUGUUACAGUUCUGAGUAAAUUGGUGUUGCAAGAAUCCUUUGUGGGGAUAAUUACGUUAAGUAACAGUCUUGAGAAAUAUUUUGCCAAGGAAUUUAUUGCUUGCUUAUAUUGGUCAGAACUUUUCACAGCUUUGGUUAGAAUGCAAUGGAAGUUUGCUGCAAACAUGUUUAAAUUACGUUUUAUGUCCAGCAUACUUCUAUUUUUCCUUACUCAUUACCAGUGGUUCUUCUGUUACUGAAGUGAUGUGACUCGUGGUAUUCAAAUUUUAAAUUUGAUUUUUCAAUUGCUAAUUAUGCUUAAAUCUUAUGCAUGCAGAUUUUUGUCCUGUCCUUUUGAUGUUUUAUUCUAUUACAUUCUUUGUAAAUGAAAUUUAUUUCAAUGAUUGUAGCGUUGUGUUAUCAUCAUGAAUUCAAAUCUUAGAGGAGAAUGUAUGCUGCCUUUUCAUUCAUUAUUUCAUCAUUAAAAUUCAUCUUCUUUGAUUGUUUGUUUGCUGAAA